GGACUUUAUCACUAUGAGCCCAAAUUAUAAGCCCAUAGUUCUGCUCUGCUCUUUUCUUUUUUCACGGCGCUGAUGGACGAACUCUGAUGCCAGUUGAAAAAUUGCAACAAAUUCCAGCCAGUCCUUUCAAUGGCUAGAAAUCUUAGCUCAGUGUGUGGCUAGUGUGUGCCCCGACCCGAAUCCCGUCCUAUCAAAUUUGAAAAAACCCGGAUAAUUACCCAAAAAUUGUCGUCCUAAACUCUUGAUUAUGGCCGCUACUCAAAUUUGCCACCGUGUCUCCUCCCCACUCCCUCACCGGCGAACCAUUUUCAGUCAUCGGAAUAACGCCGUGAAUCCCCCCUCGGCAUUUUGCCUCCCUCCUAAGAAAAGCCCGUAUUUACGAACAACUAACGGGAAACGAGCCAAGGUGAAAUGGGUUGUGAGACAGAGUGUAGCCGAAGAAAGCCCGCCAAAAUCCAAAGAUGAAGUGGAAAGAUUGGUGGAGUUUUUGUAUGAGGAUCUUCCACAUCUCUUUGAUGAUCAAGGAAUUGACCGGACGGCGUAUGAUGAACGGGUUAAGUUCAGGGACCCCAUCACUAAACACGAUACUGUCAGUGGAUAUCUCUUCAAUAUUGCCAUGUUGAAGUCUCUCUUCCGACCUGAUUUUCUGUUGCAUUGGGUCAAAAAGACAGGGCCUUAUGAGAUAACCACAAGGUGGACUAUGGUUAUGAAGUUUGCUCUUCUGCCUUGGAAACCUGAAUUAGUCUUCACUGGCACUUCUGUCAUGGGCAUCAAUCCUGAAACCAACAAAUUCUGCAGCCAUAUCGACUACUGGGAUUCCAUAGCAAACCAGGACUAUUUCUCCUUGGAAGGACUCUUGGAUGUGAUAAAGCAAUUGCGAAUCUACAAGACGCCUGAUUUAGAAUCCCCGAAAUAUCAGAUACUGAAAAGAACAGCUACUUAUGAGGUGAGACAGUAUGAUCCUUUUAUAGUUGUAGAAACAGAUGGCGAUAAGUUGUCUGGCUCAGGUGGCUUUAAUACUGUAGCUGGAUAUAUUUUUGGCAAGAACGCAACAACGGAGAAAAUACCCAUGACUACUCCUGUGUUUACACAGGCAGUAGAUGAAAACACAUCCAAUGUGUCAAUCCAGAUAGUUUUACCAGCGGAAAAGGAUUUAGACAGCUUACCAGCUCCAAACCAAGAAACCAUCAAGCUGCGAAAGGUAGAUAGAGGCAUCGCUGCAGUCUCAAAAUUUAGUGGAAAACCAGUGGAGGAUAUUGUCAUUGAGAAAGAGAAAUCAUUGAGAAAUGAUCUCAUCAGGGAUGGGCUUAAGCCUAAACCUGGUUGCUUGCUUGCACGUUACAACGAUCCAGGUCGAACUUGGAGCUUUAUGAUGAGGAAUGAGGUGCUUAUAUGGCUAGAGGAGUUCAGCCUGGAAUAAGGUUGACUGGUUGAGCAAUUUUAGCUGGACUAGCCCUAGGACUUCAUUUCUUGCUCCAUUACUCGGCUUCACAAAAGCGAUAUAUGAUUUCGGCUGUACAGAUAUUCAAACUAGAGGGGAAAUGUUAUAUAACCUUACAUUCGGGAUGUACUCUCAGUGUGAUGACGAAAGGAAUUCCCUAUUAAGAUGGUGUAUUAAUCGUGUUUUACACUUUUACUAGUACAAAGUAUGCCGUUUUUAUUAAGUCUGUUGGCCGACCUGGCUGAGAGACUACUACUGUUUUUGUUGUUGUUACUAAAGUUCAUAUCAAAAUUUAAGCGUGAUACAAACUUAAAAUAAUACUACUUAAAAUAAUACUUUUUCC